GACUUCUCUCACAGCCUCGGGUCUGUCCUGCGUCUUGUGUUUGAUUCCAAGGGGGCUGAAGGGGGUAGAUCACGGGUAGAUCAUCCUCACGUCAUCGUCCUCGGCUUGCGAUGAGCAACCACUCAGUGCUGACUGAGGGGGAGCUGCUUUCGUUUCGGACACCGCCGUGCCCAGGCAUCAAGGCCGCAGCGGGCGGAUGCGCCAACCACGCGGUCAGGGAGCGGUGCCACGACAGUCACAACGGCGAGCCGGUGGGUGUGUGGGUCCUGAUCCUUGCCUGAUCCUAGAACACAAAGCGACCCCACACCUGCAUGACAGACGCCCUGUUGGACUGUGUGCUGCAGGGGAAGGGGAGCCUCCAUCCCAAGACUGAAGACGCCAAUGUGACUGUCGACCAGUGAGCGAGCGCACACACCACCAUCCAUCCACAGUACAGUCGCUGCAAUGAUUGCAAUGCCUGCUUGUCCGUCCAUCCUUCAGUAACAGUGUCCCUGCCCCUCCAUCUGCCCCACAAACACCCCAUCCCUCCGACCCCAGCAGCAGCAACAUGCCAACAGGUGCUCACACGGUACCACACGACACAAAUGUCGCCCUUCAUGCAGGCAGCAUUAUCCACCCUCGUGUGUGCUGUGCAUGUGUGUGUGUGUGCAGCUGUGGACCACCCGCCACGGCCACCAAACGACCUUGCUGCCACGGCGGCCGGCCAUAUCAAGGUAAGGUACGCGGUGCGUGCAGACACACCACUGCCUUGACUGUGGUGUUUCGUGCAGACGGAGAUUGGCCGUCCCUCUGUCGGUGUGCGUCCCCCUGGUCAGUUCUCUGUGGUGAAGUCGCCCGUCGACGUCUUGCCGCGGGCUGGUCUCACCAACCUGGCACAUCAGCAGCUGAUGCCGUUGAUCAAGCGGGAGGAGGUACGGACUCACAGAGAGAGUGCCAUACUUCGCUGAUGGGCCCAUCUCUGUUGCAGGCGAUGGACGAUGGGCCGUCGCCGGCUGGACUGCCGAGCAACCUGCCCACCUCUGGCUCGUCCGGCGCGUCGCAUUUUUGUCUCUCUCCUUCAAGUGAGCCACUCCACCACAAGCACGAGCAGCAGAGAGGGAGGGGAGGAAACGGACGAGUCAUCCUUCCUUCUGUGUCUGCGUGUCUGUUCCUAACGCCUCAGGCAUCAUCGACGCGCUGCGGGACAACUGGGACAGGUGUGACCUCGACCGCCCCCGAUCCACCACUUCCGUCGACCCCUGUGACUUGAGCACGCCA